CAGGCAUGGAAACACAGACACACAGUGGAGAUUUACAUUAGAGAGCUGAAAGUGCUGCAGAGGAUAUCAAUACCAGCAGAACACACCAUCAGGAUUGAAACAGCAGAAGGUCUUUGUGCUCUGAGAUGCAAGUACAUUGAGAGCUCUUGUCUGUUCUUUGUUCCUGUGGGAAUUACUGAGAGAAAACCUGCGCACCUCUCAGGAGAAACAAGAUAUGUAAGGACAGGGUGUUAGGAGCAACACCUGAGCUCAGGUGAACAGAGACAUAUAAACACAUUUAACUACGGGACACUGGUUCAGCACUCAUUUUGGGAGCUUUACUGAAGAACGUGUUUUAACACCAUAUAACAUUGAUAUUGACACUGGACCAAGUACAAUGUUGUCCUGAUCUUGAGUCAGUCUAACACAUGGAUCAAGAGGAGAUGGAGUGGACUAUGCAUUCUGGAUUAGAACCAGAAGACUCAUUUGACUUCCUCUUUAAGAUUAUUCUAAUUGGAGAUUCUAAUGUGGGGAAAACCUGUGUGGUCCAGAGCUUCAAGACUGGACUAUUUUCAGAGAGGCAGCAGAACACUAUUGGAGUCGACUUCACUGUUCGAACGCUCAACAUUGAGGGCAAAAGAGUAAAGAUGCAGGUCUGGGACACGGCCGGGCAGGAGCGUUUCCGCACCAUCACACAAAGUUACUACCGUAGUGCACAUGGAGCCAUGAUAACCUAUGACAUCACACGUAGAGCCACGUUUGAUUCGGUCCCACGCUGGAUCCAUGAGGUUAAACAGUUUGGAGCAGCUAAUGUACUCAUGGCUCUCAUAGGUAAUAAAUGUGACCUGGAGUCCAAGCGAGAUGUUAAUUUUGUGGAUGCAUGUAAACUAGCAGAAGAAAAAGACAUGUUAGCAGCGUUGGAAACCUCUACGAAACAGGCUAAGAGCAUACAGGAUGCGUUCAUCCUGAUGGCACGAGAACUGCUGCUACGACAUGGAAUGAACAUGAAACGGGACGAUUUCUGUAAUGACUCCUCACAAGUCAUACUUCUGACAAAUUCCCGAGCCAUUCACAAUCAUGCUUCAUUUACACAUGAGAAGAAGAUCUGUGAAUGCUGAUACACAAUAAACACACACAGUAUGUGAGAUCUGAUCCAUUAUCUCAGUGAAAUGUGACAGUGACUGUUUUACUACUACUAAUUUGAUCUGUUGAUCUGGAAAAAAAUCAUGUAACAAGAUUCAACUAAAUCUUUCAGACAACCUCAUGACAAGUGUGAAUCUUAUAUAGUAAAUAUCACUGAAUCAAAACAAGAAGAUGGCACAGACACAGCAAUAUUAAUUUAAAGACUAUGGGCUCUAUUUUCAUGACCACGCUUGCCGCAAUACAAUUAUGUUCGCUAGAUUUAUUCAGUUUUCGUGAGAGUGCUAAUUCUAAGUGCAGUUUGUGUGCCAGUGCAAAUCUCAAGUGUGUUUGGAUGGGAGUGUUUGUGCUAUCUGUGGGUGUUUGAUUGCAAAUUGUGGGUAUAUUGUAAUAGAAGUGGUGCACAUCCAGGUGUUCACAACUAAUGGAUGUGAGAGAACAAUACGUUCUGCAUGCUGUACCAUCAACGCCGCAGCAGUCACUGCUCACAAACAUGCAGGGAGGCCUUUGGCGACUGCCUCUAAAAUGUUGACAAGUACGCCACUGGUCUAUAUGUUCCUCAAUGGGACUGAGCGAGGAUCACUGCUGCUGUGCCUGCCGCCUCGUGCACGUGCAGAUGAUAGGGUUCAUCAUGAUUUGGUAGCAAUGUCCAUUUCAGCAGUCCACUUGAUAGGUUCCUCAGCCCUUGAGAGUGUUGCUUCUCUCAGGAUUUUCUCAUAUAACGAGCAGUUUGGCACCCCAUGCUCGACAAAAUUUCACUAAACCCAAUAAGCUUGCAUUUAAGCCUUUGUUUUAGGGUGUUGGAAGGUAUUAAUCAUCUUCACUCUGUCUGUGGAGAGACGUACUGUUCCUUUCUGUAGUUCAUGACCCAGAUUGAUAGUUCAGUUUCACACCAUUGCAUCUUUUCUUUUGAUGUCUUGAAGCCAGCCUUCGCUAAUACAUUGCACACAAUAGUUGAAGCGGUGGUGCAUGACUUGAUGUCCGGGCCGGAAAGCAGAACGUCGUCAGCAUAUUGCAAUAGACAGGUGGCAGCUUGGUGUCCUUCAAAGUAGCGUGCACUACAGCAGAGAACACAGCAGGCGAGUCUCUAAAUUAUGUUACUAUUGGCCUCCAUAUGUGAAUGCGAACAGCGGCUGUGUAAUUGGCAUAACUGACACUGAAGAGUGCAGAACACAAAAUAAUAGUAGUAAAAUGAGUGUGGUCUGCUGGAAUUUAGUUAAUAGUAGUGCACACAUCCGGCACCACUGGUGACAAUGUCAUUCAUUUUCAAAUCUUGUGUUAAUCGCCAUGUAUUAUUAGUGUUAUGUUUCGGUGACAUAUUACACUUCACAGGAAUGCCAUUCAUUCCCACAGAGUUCAGAGUGUGUCCCGUAACAGAGCCCUCAUAGCAAUGCGCCGUUAAUUAACUUUUAGAUGCACCAGUUUCGAUGAUAAAGGUAUGCGGUUUUAAUAUAUUAAUUCUUUGCAUAUAGCCAGCAUCUCUGGCAAUGUUAUUGAAAUGAUUUUAUAUC